CUCAUGGAUCGCAAGUGCAUCUGCAACCUUUGCUCCUGCGGCAUGCAUCGCUGCCCACACCUCCCUACCAAGAUUUAUGAGAAGACAGAGGAACCAUGUUUUUUCUCCGAAUACACCGAGAAGUAUUCACCUUACCAUUGUUUCGCGCCUCGAGAGUCCUUCAAACCGAAAGCGGAGUACCAGAAACAUACUAUACCCAUGGAAGGUCUGACCACAACAAAGGCAGACUUCAAGGCCUACGACACAGAACUAGUACCCGCACUAGUGAAACACCAACAUCACAAGUUCACUUCAAAGGAAGACAAAAUGGAUUUCCUCACAACCUAUAAUCAACACUACGACUUCUUCCCUGUCAGUCGAGUGAGCCCCAUCAAACCUCGAGACAACAACCAGCCGUGUAGAGACAAAAUGGAUGGCGAGCCUACCUACAAAGCGCAUUAUUUACAUUGGAACCAGCAGAAACGACCUUCGAUUCGUCCAUCGCCAACAUACCUUCCUUCCUUGUGCAGGUUCGUUCAUAGAACCACACACCAGGAUGAUUAUCCCGUUAAACAUGUUGUGGCUACCGUGAGUCCCAAACCUCCAUCUGUGCUCAAGCUCUGCAACUGCCCCAUGGAGAAUACGACAAGCUACAGGUCGACUUAUGUGUCCUAUCCUGUGGCGAGGCGGUGUGUGUACGGGGGAGAGAAGUAUAAACCAAGUGAGUUCCCUUUUGAUGACCUUACCACCCACAGGGAUUCCUACAAGGGUUUGAAGGGAGAGCCUGCCAAGAUCUGGAAACCUACAUCCAGGCACUUUGGGUUAGACAUACCCUUGCUAUUCAACACCGAAUUUCGAGACAAAUUUCAAGUGUGGCCAAUAUCCCAGAGAGUUCCCAAAGAGCCCGAACCCUACAUCCCACCUGAAGGGGAGAUGGAUUUGAUGACAAUUGCACAAGCUGACUACCGGUGCCAUUCUAGUGUUCCUGUCCAGCCCUGCCGCCCAGUUGACCAUCUGAAGAAGGCUGACCGCUUUGAAGGCUCCACCAUACAUAGAGAAGAUUACAAACCCUGCACCACCACCCGCAGAGAACUGAUCAAACCCGCUCCACAGCUGAAAUUAUCGGAUCAGCCUAUGGAUUGCCUGACCACCAACCGUGCCCACUACGUACCCUUUGUACCUGUCAAUAUGAAAAGCUGCAAGCCCCCGUGGUCUGGCCCUCCUAAAAACAUCCCUCUAGAAGGUCAGACCACGUAUUCUACUAGUUUUACUUCUAAGGGCAUUCUAAGGUGCCCAGCUUCAUACUUGGAACCCCCUGGCUACAUCUUUGAAGAGGUGGAUGCCGAAGGGCACAGAAUGUACAGACCAGAUUCUCAGCAGAGCAACCAUCUUGGCUUUGAUGACACAGAAAUUCCUAAGCAGAGAGAACUGGCAGUCCCAUGCUAUCAUUGA